AUGUUAAUACAUCACCAGUGAGGUAUCUUUCUGACCUUUGGCUCCAAGACAUUUCACACGGCUUUGAGGCUCGAGUCGAGCCAAAGAGUAGAAAGGAACAACAUCCUUAGCAGUUGCAAGCAGCACAUCAUUAUGGAGACAGACCAAGAGGCUUGCAAGGCAGCUGCGAGCUGUCCAGUUCCAAGCCAAGGACCCGUCAAGACUGGCUGGCUGUCCUCCAACAAGAGGGGCCCCCCAGUAACCAAGCCGCCAUCUGAUGGGACCUCUCGUUUCCAAGGAGACGGGGUUCGCUAUAAGGCCAAGCUGAUUGGCGUGGACUGCGUCCCAGUAGCCCAGGGAGACAAGAUGUGUUUGGACUCCAUGAUGAAACUCAAGGGCCAGGAGGUGGCAGGCAGGAGCCAGGGACGACACAAGCAGAGGGUGUGGCUGAAGGUGUCCAUUACUGGUGUGAAAAUCUUAGAUGAGAGGACUGGGGUUGUGGAGUAUGACCAUGAGAGGGGGAAGAUAAACUCCCUGACAAAGGAUGAGUCAGACCCUAGAGCCCUCUCCUACAUCUACGACCACGAAGGCACCUACACUCUGUUCUACAUCAAGAUGGCCAAUUUGGCUGACCCUGUCCUUGAUGAUAUCAAAGAAGUCUGCCAAAGCCCAGUAACACAAGAGGACCAAGUCAUAAAGGUCAAUAAACCAGUAGAGAAUGCUGUCGCCUUACUGCUUCUUGAUGAGAAUAUAGCUUCUCCAAAGGGCCUGGAUGACUUGGAAAUGUUCAAUUCCAUGCCUAGCUCUCCGUCAGGGCAACCAAAGCAGAUCUCAUCCAGGGACGAGCUGAUGGACAUCUUCUCUUUCCCCAGUCAAAACUCUGACAUGAAUCAACCAGGAUCUCCACAGUCUCUGUCAGUUCCUCAGAUAUUUCCCACCUUCCCUGGUCAGCCGAUCGCUGUUGCAUCAUUCAUCUCACCUCCUGUUUCAAUACCUUGGUGUCAGCAAGGGCCCCUCCCAACUCUCUCACCCAGCUCAAAUGGAUCCUGGGGGGCUCCGGCCCCCUGGCCUUCCCAGCCCAAUAUGACUGGAUGGAUCCCGGGGCCGGGUGGCAUGAUGCCCUAUGGAGGCCCCCAGCUGCAGGGGUACGGAGUGAACCCACAGCCAGGGGUUAUGUGGGGUCAGAACACAAUGAGCUUUCCCACCUCUGCCCCAAACUACACACCCUACAGGGCAGAGGGACUCCAGCAGCAGCCCGGCUCUCCUACCACCAACAACAAACCAGCCCAAGGAUGAACUGGCUUAGAGAGCCAAUGAAAUGUCCCUGUUGUCUUCAUGUCUGUAUGCUUGGCUUUGUCAGGGUCGGAUUACAGAACGGGCAGGCAGGGCACGACCUUCUAUGCCCCCUGAUGUUCCGGGGUCCCCAGAUAGCAUAUUCUACCAAAAUGUGUAGAAUUACAGAAAAUGUG